AUGUCCUCAGAGGUGGCACCAGUCUACACAGCCACAGACCUUCUUGCCUACGUCCGUGCCGAAUAUAUCGCGCCACUGACCAUGGCGGCACGACGACACACAAACUACUAUAUCUCGGCGAUUCCUUGGCCAAAACAACUCAUUCUUGGACUGGUGUCUCCGCUGAGGGAUUCUCUCAUAUGGAAGCACCAAUGGCCCCGUAGCUCUUCUGACAGGGUCAGUCGCGCCUGGCAACCGCGUCACUUCGAUUACAACCCGUUGGUGGCGGCGUUCAAGCUUGGUGCAGACCCCAAGCACGUCGUGUCACUGUGGAUCAGAGCGUCGGUGUAUGUUCCGGUUGCCACACGCGAGGUCGUGGAUAAACUGGCGGCGUUCAACAUGGCAAUGUUCAUUGACUUGAACGACAAGUGCUACUCGGCACCUAAACCAACCAGCGAGGAUGCGCCGCUCGUCGCACCGUUGAGAACCCGUUCAGAUCUCCCCGACGACGACAGCCGAGUCGACGAGUCGCAACCGCCACGUGGUGGGUUUUACACCCCUAAACAACCCGAGGAACACCAGAUGUCGCAGCGUUUGUCUCAGCUGCUGCUCCACCAACGACGGAAGCAGAUGGCGCUUCAGUACCGUUGCCAGUCGGCAACCGGAAGUCCGUGA